CCAGCUGCCUCUUCACCCCCACCCCCCCCCUCGUUUCGUGUGUUUUCCGCCGCCGUCCGACCAUCGUGCCCUGCUCGCCGCCGUCGUCAUCGUCACCGCCGCCGUCGUCAUCGUCACCGUCGCCGCGCGCUAUCGUGAGCCCUUAGCUGGGAGUCAUGUCUAGCAACCCCCCUGCCGCAUCCUCGUCCAAGGCCUCUGCACUCUCUGGCCCUCUUUCGCCCGCCCAGAGCCAGACACCAUCCAUCAGCACCGCCAGCUUCUUUGCCCAGUCGCGGGGCAGCGGAGCUUCGGCGCGCUCGUCUCCUACGCCUCGCAACAGCCAGCAGCAAAAGAAGCAGCACAAGGGCUCCAAGCGCUUCCGCCAGACCGACGAGGAUGCAAUUGCCGAGUCGCUCGCCAUGCGCUCCUUCAACAACCGCAAGGGACAGACGUCCAUCACCCACUUGAUGAACUUUAGCCUUCCGCCACGCCCAACCAACCACGCCCACCACUCGCACGGCCAUGGAAGAAACUACCGCCGUAAUCCAACAUGGGGUCUUGGAUCCGGCUACCACGCCGUCGACAAAGCCAGAUACGUGCACGCCAACUACCGCUUUAUUGUCGACCCUCGCGGCGACUAUCGCGCUCAGAGCGUCGAUGCUGAUGUCCAUUUGGACUGGAAUAAUGUCAUGCAGAUAUUGGCAUCGGAACUCUCCCAGGAAGCAUCCUGCCCCAUCUGCCUCGAUACUCCGGUAGCCCCGCGGAUGGCCAGGUGUGGCCACAUCUUCUGCCUUCCUUGUCUGAUUCGAUACAUGCACUCGGAAGAUGAAGGAAAAGCCCCCGAGAAGAGGGCGCGAUCCAAAAAGUGCCCGCUGUGCUUCGACACCAUCUACGCUUCCGAGACCAGGCCUGUCCGCUGGUACACCGGCCAGGAGGGUGAGCCCCCGCGCGAGGGAGGCGACGUUGUUUUGCGCUUGGUAGUUCGGUCAGCGGGAAGUACUCUGGCCAUGCCGCGCGACGGUGCCGAUGCUCUGGGCAAGGACGAAGACAUACCUUGGUACCAUGCCGCCGAGGUAACCGACUAUGCUCGUGUCAUGCGAGGCGGGGAGGACUACAUGCUCGAACAACUCGACCAGGAGAUUGUCAAACUGGAGCAGCAGGGCAAGGAGGACGAGGUCAUGUUUGCCGAAGACAGCAUGGAGUGGACAAGGAGGGCAAUACGAAGCAUCCAAGAGACCAAGGAGAAAUUCAAAGGCAUAGGGAACCCUCCCCAAGAACCUGCCAAACCUGCCGAGCCCAAGAUGAAGAGAGUCCCCGUUGUGUUUGAUGAUGAAGGAGCUGCGCCAGACAUGUAUCGUUUUCAGAACGCCUCCAAGUCAGGCCACGACUUUACUCCAGUACAAGCCGCAGCAGAGUCGUCCGCUACUUCAGUACCGAAAGAUCGAACCAUGUCCGUGUCGUCGCAUUCAUCUGCCACGAGUCAUGGCAUGUCUUUGACGCUCGCCGAGCUACGCAAUCGACAACAACACGAACACCAUAAGACGCCGUCUGAGUAUUUCUUCUACCAGGCUUUGCUGCAUUAUUAUCUAUCACCGCUGGAUAUUCGUAUUUUAAAAGCCGCCUUUGGUAGUUUUGCUUCUUUCCCGUCGACCAUCCUGCCUCGAGUAGAGCACGUCUCUACAGGCCAUGUUGUAGAUGAUGAACUGCGAAAGCGCACAAAAUACCUGGCUCACCUGCCAUAUGGCUGCGAGGUGGGGUUCCUCGAGUGUGAUUGGACAGAUACAGUUGCCCCGGAGAUUUUGGAGCGAUUCAAGCCGGAAAUCGAGCGGCGACGCAAGAAGCAUACAGAAAAGGAGACCAAGGAAGAGAAGGCAAGGCAACGCGCGGAAAAGGCCGAGUAUGCCGAGUUUGCAUCGGCACGCAGGAGACGGCCAAGCAUCCCAGACAGAUUCUCUGUUGAUGACUUUCAGCCGCUGGCAUCUGCAAGCGGAACCGAGGCCCAGCCAACCGCAGACGCUGACAAUACUUCAACAUCGCCGCCCUGGCCUCCGCGUCGUGGCGAUGGCUUCGCUUCCUUGGCAUCCCCUUCUACAAGUCCAUCAGCGCCCCGAACUGUGUGGGGCACUGCUGCUGUUGCAGGGACAUCUCCAGUCAUGGCGCCACAUGACCAUCAUGAUGGCGACGACGGUUGGCUGCAAGGCUGGGAAAAGGAUCUGCUUGGAGAGGAGGACAUGAUUGCCCAGGCACAGGCCAUGUCACUAGCCGAAGGUGAGGAAGUGCCCAAGAAGGCGGGUGGCAAGAAGAAGAAGGGCAAGAAGAUUACGCUUAUGAGCACAAAUGUACGGAGAGGGGCAUGAGGAGAACAGGUAGACAGAGGGUCAAGUGCUUGGGCAUCACUGAGUAGCAUGGCGCGAAAGGGAGCAAUCAAAGCAUUGUAGUCAAUCCCAUACAAGUCGAGUCACGCGGCAA